GUUUCAAAUCUCACUAACUUUGUUUAUGAAGGUGUAAAAACUGUAGGAGAUAAAGUUGCCACACUCUCUCGCCAUGUGAGUGGUAGCAGCGACAACAAUGAGGUUGUGGAACUGCAAAUUAGAAAUUAUAAUGAAGAAAUUGCUUCUCUAAUGCACAACUGCACUUCGAACUGCAAUAUAGAUGAUUUACAUUUCUCAACAAGUACAAUAAGCAGUGAGAAACAAUUUGAAACUUGUAGAAAGAAUGAGAAUGUCAAAAAUAUGGCCAAGCUUGGUAAGAAUAUCCUUGCAACUGAACUGUGGACCUGGGGAGACAUAUCAUAUGGACAACUAGGUAUAGGUGAUACAGUUAAACGAAUAAAACCAAUGUUGGUGAUGAGCUUAUCAGGUUUUGGGCUCCAGAAGGUGUCCUGUGGAAAAUGGCAUUGUUCAACCUUAACUUUAGAUGGUCGCCUAUUUAUUUGGGGUUACAACCAUUACCAUCAAGUUAGUUUUGACUGUAGAGAAGACAAAAGUAGCCCAAAGCAGUUUACUGAGAAUUCUGACAGUGAUAGAGUGAGAGACAUGAUUGCCACUGAACACCAUACAUUGGCCUAUACACACAAUGAAAACAUAUUUUACAUGGGCAAACACACAGAUGGAUACACCGAUUCUAUAGUUAAUUUGAAUACAAAACCAGAUGAAAAAGUCACUGAGAAUGGUAAAGAUGUGUCCAUGAAAAUUAUAGAGCUACAAAUACCAAGUAAACCCCAAAAUGUGUGUUACCAUUGGAGAAUAUUGUCUUCAGGUAACAUUAGUUACUGCUCAGUUGAAGAGGCCAUAAAAAGCCCAGAAUUUCAAGAUCUAUCUAUUGCUCAAAGAUACCUAGAGGAAAUGCUUUUAAUAUACCAUUCUCUCGUUAAACCUUUUCUCAAAAGGAGCAAGUCCAUUACGGUACAUUCCAUUAUCUAUGAGACUGUUUGUGAUAUGUUUGGUGACAUUUUAAAUAUAACUGCUCUUAAUGUGCUAUCAAUAUGGCAGUAUGCCGAGAAGCACAUAAACGAAUGUGAUAUUUCUUUAAUAAAAAAUUUAGAAGAAUAUAUUUAUUUGUACAGAAAGUAUUAUGUAGCUGUAAGCAAUUUGAUUGUUAUCGGUGGUUUCACCCAAAUCAAUAAUAUUGUUGAUGUCCCAUCUAGUGUUUAUAAUUUAUUUAGUGAUCAGCUGCCAUCAAAUAAACAGAAAAAUAACAAGAAAACAUUGGAAGCCAUAGUAGCAUUAGCUUUCGUGCAACCCUUAAUAAGACUGAGCUCAUAUAAAUGCAUAGCUCAGUCACUAUUGCGGUACAAAACAAAGAGAAAAAAAGGCGACGCCAGAACGACAAUUGAGGAGAAAUUGGGCAAGGUGAUAUCAUCCUUAGACUUAUUGAUAGAAGAGCAAGAAAAAAAACGGAAAGAGGCAGAAAUUACCAAGUUGUUUUGGGAAACAACAGGGAAAACGCUUGAACAAUAUAAAACGCCAGAUCGCCGACUAGUCCGAGAAUCGAAGUCCCGUGCAUUAAAUUUGGUAAAUCCGGGAAGAUUUUCUUCGCAUUGGUUUAUUUUAUUAAACGAUUUGUUCAUCCAUGUCAACGGUAGCACUACGAACUUACAUCCAUUAGAAACUCUAUGGGUUGAGUCUGUACCAAAUACUGAUACUUUGUCUAAUGUCAUUCAACUACUGACUCCAGAGGAAGUUAUUUCAGUAUCAACAACUACAGAACAAGAGAAAACAGAAUGGUUACACGUAUUCAAUACAACAAUAAAGUUGAAAUUAAAUAAGGAAUCUUCUUUCAAACCUCCAUCGAUACGUUCAGCCAGCUAUACUUUUUCAAAUAAGGUGUCUUUUUACAAAGACGCCACUUAUACUGGAAGAUGGCUGGAUGGGAAAACACAUGGCAACGGGAAAGCGGAGUGGCCCGAUGGGAAGCACUAUGUGGGACAGUUCCAGCUGAACGCGUUAUGUGGCCAUGGGAAGAUGGAAAUACCUGGAGUAGGUAUAUACGAAGGCCAAUGGAAAGACAACCUGCAAAACGGGUACGGGGUCUUAAAAUACACCACUGGCGACAUCUAUGAGGGAUAUUUUAAAGAUGGUUUGUGUCACGGGCAUGGGAUAAAAAAGCAGGGUGAUUUUACGUCUUCAACAGCCACCAUCUAUACUGGCGAAUGGACAAGCGGUGUCAGACAAGGAUACGGAGUCAUGGAUGAUAUAGGGAAAGGCGAAAAAUAUCUUGGCAAUUGGAGUGAUAAUAAAAGACAUGGCUGCGGACUGAUAGUGACCUUGGACGGCAUUUACUAUGAAGGUCUUUUCAUGCAAGAUGUGCUCACGGGGCACGGAGUCAUGGUCUUCGAAGAUGGCACCCACUACGAAGGGGAGUUCAGAUCGGCCGGUAUUUUCUCCGGAAAGGGCGUGUUGACCUUUUCGAGUGGGGACAAAAUAGAAGGGUCCCUGUGUGGUGCGUGGACCGAAGGCGUCAAGAUUAGUAACGCGACUAUGCAGCUGAACGUCUCCAACCCGGCAUUGCCAUCGAAUUCUAAGCCUAAUUCGUUUGGCAAACUCAGCGUCGCGCCAAACCAAAAAUGGAACGCGCUAUUCCGCCAAUGCUUCCAAUGCCUCGGCGUUUCGGAAACAAUUUUAACCCCAACCGGAAAUCACUUCGCGAACGGUCCAUCGAAUACCAUAGACAACGUCAAGAUCUGGCAAAAUGUCGCUGUGGCUAUUUCCUGUUCGCAUAAAGACAAACAUAAAACCCCCAUGAAAAAGCCAAAAGGAUCCGAUAUCGAGAAGUUAGUGGACUGCUUGGAAGUGAUACCGCAUUUUGGCCAAAAGAAUUUGGAUUUGGACAGCUAUAUGGAGUUGAAACAAUAUUUGCAAAAUGCAUGCGAAUCGACGCACCAUCCAUUAGGCCAACUAGUCUUAGGACUCACCAACGCGUUCAACACAACUUACGGUGGUGUCAGAGUCCACCCGUUGCUCCUUAGUCAUGCGGUCAAAGAGCUAAAAAGCAUUACCACCCGACUGUACCAGGUGGUUCGUCUGUUGUUUCCCGCGUUGCCAGUAGAGGGCGCUGACGCGGUGUUGCCAUAUAAAACGGAAGGUGAAGAGAUUGUGGAUAGUAACCCUAUUGAAGGCGAGGUGGUAUCAGCAGAUUCUCUACUCCAGCCAACGCUGCUCCCGCGCGUGCACCCGGCUUUGUUCGUGUUAUACGCUUUACAUAACAAGAGAGAAGACGAUUUGUACUGGAGACGACUGAUGAAAUGGAACCGGCAGCCGGAUCUCACGCUGAUGGCCUUUCUGGGUAUCGACCAAAAAUUCUGGAUCGGUUACAACACCGUGACCGGUCAUAAGUCGCCACCGUACUCUCCGCUCAAAGAACAGCUGUUUCAAGAAGCGGUGGAAACUCUGCAACAACUGAAGACCACCUUCUCGCCAAUCGAGAAGCUGCUGGUCAUCAGGAGCACCUUCCAGAAGAUGACCACCGCUGUGCAACAGGAAUUAGGUCAAAACUACCUAUGGAGUAUGGACGAAUUGUUCCCAGUGUUCCAUUUUGUUGUGGUUCGCGCUCGAAUCCUUCAGCUCGGCUCGGAAAUACACUUUGUGGAAGAUUUCCUAGAGCCCGGCAUGCAGCACGGGGAAUUGGGCCUUAUGUUCACCACGCUUAAGGCCUGCUAUUUUCAAAUACUCCAAGAGAAGAUGUCCAUAAACUGAAAAUGUAGAACAAAACUAAUUUAAAAAGAUCUCGCAAUACUUAAUGGUGCGUUUAGUUUGUAAUGCUUGAGCAAUAAUUUGCAAGUUUAUACGCUAGAUGUCGUUAGGUGUUCAAUAACAAUUUAGGCCCUUGUUAGAUCCAUGCUCCAUUGUUCAGACGCGCCCCGUCAUCUUGACGUCCGUCGACAGACAACGUAAAUCAGCGCAGAAAAAGUGUCAAAACCUAUAAAAACAAAGGAGCACAACGGAGCAAUGAGGUAGGUAUGUAAUUUAGAUGGUAGCAUUUGUUUAGUAGGGUCGUGCUUAGUGGAAUUUCAAAGACUAAAUGUGAUGUAAUUUUCGUAAACAUAUAUUUAAUUAUGAAAAUAUAAAUAUUCAAAACACGUUUUAAUAACUAUUAGCAAGAAUAGCUGCUAAAAUCGUUUUUUUUUUAACAUUAUUGGUCUUUUAUUAGCCAAACUAUAUUUUUGUUUUAAAAUGAAUACACGGUAUGAUAUACUGUAAUUCCAUUAAGUUCCUGUUAUAAGAUAUUUAGCUUACAAUUUUUGUAGUCAAUUAUAAUAACCAGGCUCUGAUGAAAUAAUAAACAGUACUAAAAGUUCAUAUGAAUAUUAAUUUAUUUGCUUUAAUUAGUUGUAGAUCAGUUAAAUAUAAAACAAUGGCUUUGUCAAAUAAUUUUAAAUUGAUUAGUUAUUUUUUUAUUUUUAUAUACCUGUUGUGGUGCCAAAAAUACGAUUAAUUACGCUGUAUAAUAUUUUAACCGAAAUGUCUCGAAUUAGAGAAGAAUUUCGCAAAUUAAGAACAAUAUAUUUUUCUAGAGUUGUUUAUAUAUAUUCUUGCCAUGUUUAGUUAGUGUUUCAACCUUUCAUUGCUUCUCAUUGGAACUCGAUGCUCUUUAUGUAUGUAUUAAAGUAAAUAAACUAUGGAGCAACUAAAUAAUAGUCACUACAGGAGUCGUAAAACAUAUUUCGUAACAAAUUCAGUUCUCCAAUGGCCGUAUUUGAAUCUAAAAGCGAUUGCUAUAUAUCGCCAUUUAAAUAUACGUAAAUUAUUUAAUUUUUAUACUAAAAUAAGUAUUCAUGAUUCAGUCACACUUUUUAACUUUGAUUUGUCAUGUUUCGACAAAAGAACGUUAGUUUUCCAUUUUAUAUAUAUUCGCGCGACAAUCCGAGAUGAGUUUAUACUAGUAUUAUAGAGUAAUAUAUUAUAUAAUUAUAAAGUCUUAAAUAAUUAUAUUAUCUUACCACAUUUACGGCGCGAGUCGAUUUGGGACUAUAAAUUCUAAUGUUAUUAGAACAGUAAUAAAUAAUUAUAACGAUAUCUUAUUUAAGCAGUCGAUUAUUAAAGAUGUUCAUGUAGUACAAAUAAUACGGUUGAGUUUACAAUUGAACAUUAUCCUAAAUAGUGAGCCAUAGUUUUAGAUUUAAAACCAAAUACUAGCAUUGGUAGGCAUUAACCACCAAAUAAGAGUUAUAAGUAAUUUCAUACAAAAUUUUAAUGAUACUAAGUUGUUGAGUUUGAGCAUUAAUAAAGUAACUUUCAUACCAUAUCGUAGUGAAUAACUGAAAAUGUUGUAUACUUAUAAUAUUUAUAUCAUCUUGUCAUAUUGUGUUAAUGAGUAUUUGAAAUGUGUUUAAAUUAUUGGAAAAUGUAAUCUUUAAUAAAAUUCUC